AUGGCCUCCAGGCAAAGCACCCGCGCGAGCAGCAGCCAAGGCGGCUCUGCCGUAAACGACUCUUUCGCUUCUCUAGACCCGGAGGAGUUGUUACAGAUGCUCGCGGGAGAGGACGACGACGGGGAGGAAGAGGAGGGGCGAGACAUCGUGACAGACCUGGACGGUCGACUCGCUGGAGCGAUUGGCCGCCCCGAGCUCGAGUGCGGGCUCAAGAGGAAGAGGGGCGCAGGCAACGAAGAAGUUGUCGUUGUACACGGCGAUGAAAGCAGAAACACAGCGACCGCCGGCGACGGCAAAGAAUGGCACGUCCGUGCACAGCUGGCGGUGGCCACCGCAGGCUUCGCCAAACGGCGGAGAACAGCCCAGCAAUGGGAGUCGUUGACAUGGAAGCGGUAGAGUGAUGCCUGUUUUAACAAACGGUAUCUGUAGCAGCGGGAAGGUCAUUGAAUGAUCUGGGUGCUAUGCGUAAUGCACCCUCAGAUCUGCCUGCAUGAACGGAGUGCUAUAACAGUACACAGAUGUAACUGCGGAUUGCGGUGUGCGCUGGUUCAUGUUUUCCUUCAAGUUCACCUCCUCCGUCCUCCGUGUGGUUGUGUGCAUGAAAUCAGCAUUGGAUACAUUUAGGGUAAACCACCGACAGCGUAGUCCCUUUCGCGUUUGAUGGUCAGAACCCCUUGUGAUUUUUUUUUUUUUGUCUUCACUUCAAAUCAGCGCUCACAGCACUAGUGCAGUUUCCUCCAACCCGUGGUCACACAGAAGAACCCCUCUCUCCCCUCCCCUCCUGCAGUACUUUGCCUUCGAUUUUCAAUGCGAUAAUAGUUCAGCACUCUCUUCCCUCUGUGUACACACGAACUAGCGCUAUCCACUAGGCCAGCACCGGAAGCGAGAGAAAAACUCACUUUACAAGAAAAGCUCGCUUACGCCGGCAUUCGAACCCCUGACCUGACCUCUAGAAGGUUUCAAGGACACCAACUAGACCACCGGGGC